UUAUGCGUUAAAUAAAAUUAAUUAAGGUAACAUUGAAUAGUAAUCUAUAAAUAAAGUUAUUUUAGUAUUUGCCAUCACAUUCCUUCCAUACACAUACCCUUGCAUAAUAAAAUAUUAUAUGAGUAAUAUAUUUUUUAUAUAUAUGGUUGAAAGAUGGAAAGUUGGUUGGUUGGAGGAUUUUUUAUACAUUAAAUAAGUUUCCAAAUAUGAAGAUUUUUUAUACUAUAUCUUACAACAUUCCAUAUUCCACAUUUCGUCUCCUUAAAGUUAAAAAACAAGGUUUCUCCUCUGCUGGUUUUGCAAAUAUUCUGUUUUUGCCGUCUGGGGUAACCUCAUUAUUUAUUUACUUUAAUCCAUGCAACCAAAUCCAUUACAGCUUCUUCUUAUUUAUUUAAGCUUUAAUUUGUAUAAAUGUUUUGAUGAAGUUCAUCGACAUCGUCGUUGUUCGAAACUGCUACAGCAAAAGGAACAAAUGGAGAAGAAAGGCAAGGCAAGAAGGCAGCGCCCAUACUGGACCUGGAAACUUGGGUUCUCAGCAAUGCCGCUCCUUUUCUUAUUCUUCAGUUUAACCCUCGCCCACAAGAAUUCCUCCCAACGAAGAAUGGUAAGAAAGUUGGUGAAGAACAAUGAAUCUAUGUUGUCGCGCGAUGUAACGGUAGAAUGGGAGAAUCGUGGACAGGUAGUAAUGGACAAUGGGUUAGUUCGAAUCACUUUAUCCAGCCCAGAAGGCAACGUCGUUGCCCUAAAAUACAAUGCCAUUGAUAACCUACUUGAAAUCCGCAACCCACAAUAUAACAGAGGAUAUUGGGACGUGGUUUGGAACCGCCCAAAUAGAGGUAGUGCCACUGACAGAGUAAGGGCGACGGAUUUCAAAGUGAUUACGGCCACCACCGACCAAAUAGAGCUUUCAUUCACCAAAACUUGGAAUCCUAAUUCCCACUCUUCCUGCCCUUUGAACAUAGACAAAAGGUAUAUUCUCCGGCGCGGCGAUUCUGGGUUCUAUGCAUAUGCCAUAUUUGAACGCCUUGAUGGAUGGCCUCAAAUUGACGUUGAUCAGAUUCGAAUGGUCUUCAAAAUUCUAGGGAAAAAAUUUCAUUACAUGGUGGUAUCGGACGACAGACAGAGGAUCAUGCCAACGGCAAGGGACCGUGAGACCGGCCAUCCUCUGGCUUAUCGGGAGGCGGUUCUCUUAACCCAACCCAUCAAUUCUAACCUUAAAGGGGAGGUGGACGAUAAGUACCAGUACUCGCUAGAGAAUAUGGAGAAUAAGGUUCAUGGAUGGGAGUCGAUGAACCCACACGUGGGGUUCUGGAUGAUCACGCCCAGUGAUGAGUUCCGCACGGCGGGGCCCGUCAAGCAAGAUCUUACUUCCCACGUUGGCCCCACCACUCUCUCCAUGUUCGUGAGUACGCAUUACGCGGGUAAAGAAGUUUCUAUGAGAUUUGGAGAGGGAGAGGCAUGGAAGAAGGUAUUCGGACCGGUCUUCAUUUAUCUAAACUCGGGUCCGGUCGGUACUGGACCCGGUUUACUUUGGGAAGAUGCUAAAAACCAGAUGAGGAUAGAGACAAGUAGGUGGCCAUACAGCUUUGUUGGAUCCACAGAUUUUCCAUCCUCAAACCAAAGAGGAACCGUAAGCGGUCGGUUAUUAGUCCGAGAUAGACAUGCUAAGAAGUGGUUGAUGUGGGGCGAUUCUGCGUAUGUUGGCCUUGCAGCUCCCGGGGAAUUGGGGUCUUGGCAAACAGAAAGCAAGGGAUAUCAAUUUUGGACACGGGCAGAUGGGCAAGGAUAUUUCUCAAUCAACAACAUAAGGCCUGGAAACUACAAUCUAUACGCAUGGAUACCUGGUGUCAUCGGUGAUUACAAGUACGCCAAUGACAUCACUGUCACGUUGGGGAGUACUACCCGCCUCGGCUUACUGAUAUACGACCCUCCAAGACAAGGCCCAACUCUGUGGGAGAUUGGCGUCCCAGACCGGACAGCCGCCGAGUUCUAUAUACCGGAUCCCCAUCCCACCCUCAUGAAUCGCUUUUACAACAAUUCUGAUAUCCAUACCCCAGAUAAGUUUCGACAGUACGGUCUUUGGGAGCGCUACGCCGAAUUGUUUCCCCGUCAAGAUCUAGUCUACAACGUCGCCACCGAUGACUACCGCCGACAUUGGUUCUUCGCCCAUGUCACCAGAGCCACCCGUUUCGGUACCUACCAAGCAACCACGUGGCAGAUUGUGUUUCGUCUUCAAGGGCCCAAACAGAGCGGGAACUAUAUGCUUCGGUUGGCCUUGGCUUCCACUACCGAGGCGGUGGUCGAAAUCCGGUUCAACAACCCGUUGGCCAGACGGGCUCAUUUCUUGACCGGGUAUUGGGCCUCGGGAAGAGAUAACGCCAUUGCUAGACAUGGGAUUCAUGGGCUUUAUUGGUUAUUCAACUUCCAGGUUCCAAGUGGAUAUUUGGUGGAGGAUGAAAACAUUAUCUAUCUUACACAGAGACGACAUAUGGGACCCUUUCAAGGAGUGAUGUACGAUUACAUACGGUUCGAAGGCGUACAAUAAAAAAGGCAAAUACUUACACAAUUAGGCACUAAUCUUGUAAUUUGGGCUAGUUUUGAUUUAGUUAACAGAUUUUUUUAUUACUAGGCAUUCAUUUAAUUAAUGAUUAUUAAAGACCCA